UAUUCUCAUUUCUAUAUUUUUGUUCAUAGCACUAAAAAAUAAAAAUUUGUUUCUAAUCAAUUCAUUACUGAAGAUUGCAUAAGAAUAUGGGAUCAGCGGAAAGCAGACCUGAAAGACCAGAAGUUCCCACUCCAGCACCGAUAGUGGAAACGACUCCGGAUAGAACAGUAGAUCCUGAUGAAUUGAUGCGAUUGAUGAACAACAAUCCAAAUGUCGUGAUUCAAUAUUAUAAUUCAAAUCGUGAUUUUAUUGAAAAAUACAUCGUAGAUCAUUUUUGGGAGGAAGAUGUUGAAAGAUGGUUGAUUGGAAUCAGGGAAAGAUCACCAGCCGAGAAUCUUCAGGUUCGUCGAAUCGAUUUUCUCAAAGAAAAGAACGAAGUGGAACAUCAUACUUCUUUGUUCGAAAAUAAUUCAUUGAUUUUGAGAAGAUCAGCAACCUUUGACCUUGAAAUCAUUUUUGGAAAUCGUGGAUUCGAAUCGGAAAGAGAUGAUCUAACCCUUAAUUUUGGUGUUGGACCAAAACCAUCUGAAGCAUCGGGUACAAAAUUCGUCUGCCCUGUGCUAAACAAGCCAGGAGACAAGAACACUUGGCACUGUUACAUGCUAGGACAAAAUACAAAGAAAUUGUCCGUGAGAAUCAACAUUCCGGUUAAUGCAAUCAUUGCCAAGUAUUCUGUAUCCUUGGACGUUGUUAGUGGUACAAGUGGAGGUCGCAAGAAAAUCACACAUAACGACAACAGCAUUAUUGUUCUAUUCAAUCCGUUUGUUCCAGAUGACACCGUUUACAUGGAGGAUGAACGCCAGCGUGAAGAAUACGUGAUGAACGACACAGGAAACAUUGCUCGUGGAAGCUAUUGGAGAAUUAGUUUGAAAUCUUGGGAUUACGCUCAAUUCGAUGCUGGGGUAUUGGAUAACGUUCUCAAAAUGAUCGUUAAUGACUCUCGCCAUCUUGCACAACCAGUGAAAACUUGGAAGAAGUACAACGACCCUGUCUACGUUUCGAGAGUCUUGAGUUCAAUGGUCAAUUGCAACGAUGACAAAGGCGUCCUAUGGGGCAAAUGGAACGGAAAAUAUGAAGAUGGAAAAAGUCCUGGGUAUUGGAAUGACAGUGGAAAAAUAUUGAAAAAGUGGGCCGAUGAAAACAUGCAACCAGUAAAAUACGGGCAAUGCUGGGUUUUUGCUGGAGUCUUAACUACAGCUCUUCGUGCUGUUGGCAUUCCUGCAAGAACUAUCAGUAACUUUGCUUCUGCUCAUGAUACAAAUGCAAAUGUGACAGUGGACAUGUACUACGAUGAAGACACAGGAGAUAAGCUUGAGGAAACUAGCGACUCAAUCUGGAACUUUCAUGUUUGGAAUGAAGGAUUUUUCAGACGCCCUGAUUUACCAGAAGGUUAUGAUGGCUGGCAAGUCGUCGAUUCUACGCCUCAAGAAGUAUCAGAUGUUAUUGAUCCAGGGCGAAACACAAGAAGAGAACUGUUUCAAUGCGGUCCUGCACCUGUUAAGGCAAUCAAAGAAGGCAAUAUUCUUAUCGGAUACGAUUCUAACUUCAUAUUUGGAGAGGUGAACGCUGACAAAGUCAACUGGAUUGUCAGUGGAGGCAAAGUGAGACCAGGGCCUGAAAUUUUGAGAAGAUCUGUCGGGAAGAAUAUCAGUACAAAAGCCAUCGGAACCUAUACCAUGGAAGAUAUUACUGAUCAAUAUAAAUACCCAGAAGGUUCACAGGAGGAGCGAAUUGCCUUCAAUCGAGCUUACGGACGCGGCAAAGGCGACCAUUCUUUACGCUUUAUCGAGAACCCAGAAACUUUGGUGAAGCCCAAGUUUGAAAUUCAAAUCCUAUUGAAAGAGAAGAACAUUUUUGUUGGAUCAAAAGUUGUUGCUCAAAUCAUGGUCAAAAAUAUCUCAGAUUCAAACGUGAAUGCAGCGAGUAUCAAAAUAUCUGGAAGCACAAAGCGUCAUGUUGGAUCUAUCCAUGCUUUACUGAAGAAAUUAUCGCAAAAUGUAGAGAUAGAGACCGGAAAAGAAAUCAUUGUGUCGUUUGAAAUUGACCAAGCCGAUUACAUCUACAACAUUGUUGAUAAUAAGGUGAUCAAUAUACGAGUCAUUGCAACAGAUACAAAUGACGGAAACACCAAAGUAGAAGAAUUGGAUGUCCAAGUCGUUAUUCCGAAAUGCAUCACAACUACGGCUCCAGAUGUCUUCCCAUUCGGCGUGGAAACAAAAUUUGACAUCAUUUUCGAAAACAAGUUCCCGAUCACUCUUACUAAUGGUGUAUUUGAAGUCACUUUUGGAGGAAAUGAACAGAACGAUCGAAAGUUUAUUGUGGAGCAACCCAUUCAACCGGGAGAAAAAUACAUCGUCAAAGAUGUCGUUAUAAAACCUCGUGGAAAUCGACGCAGCAUCAACACAAACAUUGAUUUUGACUGCACCCAGAUAAAAGAUAUUCAGCACAACUUUAGAACCACGAUUAGAGUAUUAUAAACAAAAGAUUUUUAGUUAGUAGACUCUUAGACGGCAUCUCAUCGUCUUCGUUAUAUUCAGAAAAUACUGUAUGCAUGAAUUUCAUUUUUAUUUACCAUUAUUUCUGUAUAAGCCAGUGAUGAUUAACGUUAGUUCAAAUAUUGUCAUCGAGUAUAUCGUGCCCUGUCCAGAAUUAUAUCUUAUAUUUCAAAUAUAGCUAUGAUCCAGCAUCUGUUUAGGGUAAAGGAAACGCCAUGUAGAGCGUAGUGAAUGAAAAAUUAUUGGGAAAAGGUGAAGUUUAAACAAUCCCUGUAGUGACGUAGUUCCUGCUUAAAUACUUUGUAAUAUGAAAUGUUUUUGGGGUUGCUAAUCUACUGUGUAAUUUCAAUUUGUCUAAUAUAUGCAAAGAGUAAAACAUUUAAUUUUCAUAUUUUUACUGAAACAAGUAUUUGGGGGGCUCAGUACAAAACAAUUUUAUUUUAAUAAGUCCGCUAAUGCUAAUGUACUGACAUCAUGUUAUACUUUAUUUGUUGAGUACUCGCUAGCAAGAAUGGACCAACGGAAAAUCCAGAAUUUUUUUCAAAAAAAUCACAUUUUGGGAAAAGCAAGGUGUCCAGAGACUAUAUACGCACUUUUAUUUAUUUAUUCAAAUAUAAAACCACUGACCCAGAAGUUCCACUAAUGCGGUAUUUCGUCUCAGCAACAGCAUCAAUAUAGCAAAGUGAUUUAUAAGCCCAAGUUUCACCGACAAACGUCGCAAUCAACAUAUAUCAUAAUUGUUCUAAUAAGACUAACACUGAAUGUUGUUAAUUUGGCUGUUUGUGGUACUCCCAAGAUUGCUGAUUGGAUAUGGCAAUCGGGAAUUUUUACCUGAAGUUACGGUUCAAAUGCAUAGUAUUGACAACAUUGGCUUUCAUUCCAUAUCGAAUUUCUUACUGUACGUUUCUAACCAGGUACUCCAAAAGUAAAUUUUGCAUGUCUUCAAUUGGUAACUUCAGCAUGUACCAUAACCUAGGAAACAUUACCCAAACUGUGCAGUAAUAUCAAUUCACGAUAAAGAAGCGAUGGAUAACUUAAAAACUUGCAGUAAUAUCAAUUCACGAUAAA